AUGGAAAGCGUUGAGCAGGAAAACGCUGCUACUUUCCCAGAGAUUCAACGUCUGGGAGAAAUCCUUCUCGCUCUAACAAAGAAAGAGAAGGAUAAGGACAAGGAAACCUCGUCGUGGGUUUCCAAGCCCGCUCCGUACAGAGGACAACGCGAUCUGCGCGUCUUCACGGAGUGGAUCAAAGGUCUUGAGCGAUUCUUCCGCUGGCACAAGACCUCUGCUAAGAGGAAGGCCUGGAUGGCCUUCCACAAUCUGACAGGAGAGGCCGCGUCGAGAUGUGAGCUGGACACGACACUGUUCAGCCAGCUCGAGGACGGGAAGGUUUCUUGGGAAGCCUUCAAGGCGUAUUUGCGGGAUGCCUUCAUCCCUACCGAUGCUUUGGACAAGCAUCGACGCCAGUUUUACCGCCUCCGCCAGACUGGUUCGGUCCACGAGUUCGUGGACAAGGUGAACCAGUAUCAGGCGACGCUCGGCCUCCCCGAAUGGGCGGUUAUGGAUGUCCUCCACUGUAAGGCCGCAUAG